AUGGCUGCCGAUCAAAAAUAUAUUCGCAAAGCCUAUGUUAUGGAAUUAUUAGAAGGGAAAGUAGAUGAAUAUAAAAAGUCACACGAAAACGUAUGGCCAGAAGUAAUUGAAAACUUAAAAGAACAUGGUGUAAAACGAUUUGUUGUUAAUUGGUUACCAAAUACAAAUUUACUAGUUUGUUCAGUUGAUGUUGAAAAUGAUGAACAAUGGAAUUCUAUUUCAAAAACAGAUAUUUGUAAGAAAUGGUGGAGCUAUCUGGAAAAUUCUGUAUUAUUCAAAGAUGGAAGUCCCGUGGUAAAAGAUUUAGUUGAAUUCUGUACUGAUCAACAUUUUACAAUACAUGUAGAAGUAGCCGUAACAAUUUAUACAGUUCUGACGUCAUUAAACACAUGCUCGACAGUUACCUAUUUGCUUCUUCUAACAACACUCUUAUCAUCCUGCAACACUAGUCAUUUUAAUGGUGGUACCAUCCGCUGGGUUCCCGUCGACGGAUGCGAUGCUACAUCUCCUAUUGAAGUAACACUGAUACAAACCUAUAUCUGGACGUUAGCACGUGUCGCCUGUCCUACCAUUGGUUCUUCAAUCACACCAUACGCUGGCGAUAUCAACAGUACAUUGACUUGUACAGCUAACUGCGGUGUAACUUCAAGUGGUUUCAUUCCACCAUCGAUUAUCGGUAUCUGUACAGGGAAAUCAAGUGUUCUCGGUCUAUCCUAUUCACAACGUACCGAUACAGUGAAUUUAAAUUCAAACGAUUUAUUUACUGCUUCAUUCAAAUCAAAUACAGGCAGUUUCUAUCGCCUGCUGAAUGGUUUGAGUUCAACGUCAACUAGUGCACAGUGGAUUCUGUCAAUGGUUAUUGAUUUGCAAUGGUUAACAAAUAAGGGUCGUAUUAAUACACCGCCCGUAGCAAUGAUUGUAACUCCAGUGGCGAUCCCAGUGGGUAUUGCAACACAGAUACAGAUACCUGUUGGUGAUGUAGAUAGUGAUCAGGAUGUGCGAUGUCGUUGGAGCGUGGGUACAGAGGAAUGUGCUGAUGUCUGUUUCGCUACAUACAUACCGCCGGGCACUAUUCUGUCAACGGAUUGUGCACUGACGAUUACUGGUCUAGUAAUAAACGAUUGGUACGCAGCAGCUAUUCAGGUAGAGGACUUUCAGGAUAAUACGACUACAGUGGCACUGAGUUCCGUCCCUGUUCAGUUUUUAAUCAGAGUUUAUGCUACUCCUUCCUAUUCAUUACCUACACUUACGAGUAAUCAAUCGUAUGUCGAUGUAGAUGUUGGCAUACCGUUUACUACUACACUAUUUGCCACAAACUAUGGUGGCACCAGUGUCUCAAUAUCUUCGAUUAUUAUCCAAACGACAUUCUUUGGUGCAACACAGGGUAGUCUUAUACAGGAGACAACAAAUAAUUCGUUGUACUCAUCGAUCGUCAGUUGGACACCGACAUCGCCUCAAGUUGGCAUUCAAAUUCUUUGUGCUUUAGCGGUAGACAGUUUUGGAACCAGAUCCCAAAAAGCACAAGCAGCACAUCAUCGUCGACAACUUCUACAGCCACUACAAGCACAGCCAGCACAUCAUCGUCGACAACUUCUACAGUCACUACAAGCACAAGCAGCACAACAUCGUCGACAACUUCUACAGUCACUACAAGCACAAGCAGCACAACAUCGUCGACAACUUCUACAGCCACUACAAGCACAACCAGCACAUCAUCGUCGACAACUUCUACAAGCACAAGCAGCACAUCGUCGUCGACAACUUCUACAGUCACUACAAGCACGUAAGUGUAUUCGUCCUUGA